AGUUUAAAAAGUCUAUAUUUUGGUUCAUGCUGAUUGUAACAACAAAGCCCUCCUCUCUCUCUCUCUCUCUCCUCUUUCUCUCUCUCUGUCUCUCGAUUUCGACUCCUCCCCCGCACCGCACACACAGAACACGCACUCACAGAUCAUCCACAAGGCUUCAGCCUUCAGCCCACGUCCCCGUUUCCCCCAAAUCACCUCUUCCCGAAUCAGUCCUCGAUUUGCAGGCGCAGUAGAGAGAGAAAGGAAACGGACGUAAAUCCCACCUCCUACGCGCUUGGGGGCAUAGCAUGCACCUCAUAAGGUAACGUGGGUUCGACUGCGGUGGUGUUGUCCCGUCGAAUUGAGUGAAUUGGAUAAUACGAUGUCGCACCAGGUGGUUGAGGUGAGGAGGGAGGCGGUGGCGCCAUGCAUGACAUGCCCUCUCUGCCACAAGCUCUUCCGCGACGCCACUACAAUUAUCGAAUGCCUCCACACUUUUUGCAGGAAAUGCAUAUACAAGAAGCUCUCAGACGAGGAAAUGGAAUGUUGCCCAAUAUGCAAUAUCGACUUGGGAUGUGUACCAUUGGAGAAGUUGAGGCCGGAUCAUAAUUUGCAAGACGUGAGGGCAAAAAUAUUUCCACAUAAGAGGAUAAAAGUUAAGGCCCCUGAGGUAGUGACGCCUGUUGCAUUGCCUGCUAAGCGGAAAGAAAGGUCUCUUUCAUCAUUGGUGGUCAGUACCCCAAGAGUAUCAGCACAGGUCGGCAUGACUGGGAGAAGAUCAAAAUCCGUUGCUAGAAAAGCAUCAAGGGGUUCCAGCUUUACCAUAGAAAAGCCUGUUGUGAAUUCUGUUGAGGACCAACCUGAAAGCUCUAGCUCACAAGAGAUGCUGAACAAAUCUACUCACAAUAAUAGACAGAACUCUUCUGCUGGUGAGCCAUCUAAUCACAGUCCUAACAAAGAAAGAGAAAAUUGUUCUGAGCAUUGGGAAGGAAAAGUUGAUCUCUGGAAGCCUUUAACUUGCUUGGUCGAAGCAGCAAAUCGAAGCAAAUCCUCUAAGUUCAACACACAAGAUUCUCAUGUCAAAUCUGAAGAACAGAAUCCUUAUGAGAAGGAGGGUCUUCUCAGAAAAACUAAAAAUAAGGAACAGAGGAAGAAAUCCAAAGUUAAAGAAGAGAAGAAUUGUAGUGACCAUACCCCUCCGGAAAUUGAGAGGCCUAAGAAGCUACGCAGAGUCCGGCAGAAAGUGCAAAAUUUUGGGAACUUCAGAGUUCCGCCUCAGGUUGUGCUUGAUGCUGCCGGUGCUAAAUUCGACAGAAGAAAUUGUCCCAUUUGGUUUUCUUUAGUUGCCUCCAACGAACUGGAGGGAGAUGCAUUGCCCUUGCCUCAGAUUUCGGCAAGUUACUUGAGAAUAAAGGAUGGAAGCAUACCAGUUUCGUUCAUUCAAAAGUACCUCAAGAGGAAGUUAGAUCUUACAAAUGAUGUUGAGGUUGACAUCAAGUGCAUGGGUCAGACCGUCAUCCCCACGCUAACGCUGAACAAUCUGGUUGAUCUGUGGCUUCAAACAACUAGUACAGACAGAGUGAAAGCCACAAUCGGCUCAACAGCCAAGGAUUUCGUGAUGGUGUUGGGCUAUGCUCGCAGAGCUCCUGAUUCUUAGACUCUCGUGCCUCGAUUUUUCCCCCCGAUGGCAAGAGCUGCCUUUCACGAUCGCCACACUUGGGCGUCGAGGAGCAUGGUCCUAACAGUGCAUGAGAGGCCACAAUGAGGGCGCAUUUGAAAGACGAGGCUAUGAGUGAAUGUGGCAUGUUUUAGUGACUUGAAUCACCUGUGGUUUAUUGUAGCACAUGGUUGUACUCGUGCAUGCUAUGUGGAUUGUGAAACUUGCAUUUUUUUUUUUUUUUAUCUUUUUUUCAUCUUUACUUAUUACAUUAAAUUGGACUGACAUAAUUAUGGUUAUUUGUGACUGCUUAAAAAGCACAUAUUUUUCCUUCUUU